GUGCUUACCUUUUCCGCGGACAUAUUUUAGUGAGACACCUGGGACAAACCAAAAGUUUAGCGACGAUUUGUCUUUUCGCUUUUUUUCCCCCUCAGUCAGUUCUAUCAACCUUUAAACUGUAAACAUAUGCGCUGGAAUAAAAUUAACGAACCUUAAAGAACAUCAAUUAUAUUCGGGAUCUAAACGUAUUAAGGUUCUGAAGAAGAAGUUUAUCUCAUAGACCAUUCCGUAUGACUUCCUUCCUCUACCAUAACAAACAUGUCACAUGGGUGAAGUUCUGUCCACUCUAAUGUCCACGAACAGCUCACGAACACAUUUAUACGAUUGUUUAACCGUGUAAAAGUAUAUAAGAUGGGAAAGAAGAAGACUCGUGGAGAGGGUUCGGGGUUGGGGAGAGCUUUAAUAAAGGAGAGACUGAACGCAGGCCGUGGAUACAGGAGAAAUGACACAUGGCUUCACACCAGUGAGCUGAAUGAUGGAUAUGAUUGGGGUCGACUCAACCUGCAGUCUGUCACAGAGCAGAGCUCUCUGGACGACUUUCUGGCCACAGCUGAACUUGCUGGAACUGAAUUUGUUGCAGAGAAGCUGAACAUAAAAUUUGUCCCAGCUGAAGCGAGGGCCGGCUUGCUUUACUUUGUUUCGGAAUCGAAUGCCUGCUUUCAUUACUCUGUUUCUCCUUCAUGUUUGGUGGUUAAGGGAGAAGAGCCGAUGGACCAAGAGGGUCAGAGUGAUACGGAACAGGAAGCAACCUCCAAAAAUGUCACAGAUCUUCAUGAGGAAAAUAGCACUUCACCUAAUGAAGAGAAAGAUGAGAGUGAGCAGGAGGAAGAAGAGGAAAGUGAAGAAGGAAGAGUUUGUGUCGAUGAGACAGAAUGGCAGACAUGCUCUGAGGAAUCAGGAGACGAAGAUCAUGCUGAGGAGAAAACAGAAUCCACAACGGUUUCAUCUUUCUACAACUCCAGCCGUUUGUUACGCAAAGAUGAGCUGCUGGAAAUGUUUAAGUCUGUGCAUUCUGGGCCGACAUGCAAAGAUGGACAAAUCACAGUUGGACUGGUGGGAUAUCCUAAUGUUGGAAAAAGCUCUACCAUCAACACCAUCCUGAGGAAUAAGAAAGUCUCCGUUUCAGCUACACCUGGACACACAAAGCAUUUUCAGACUCUGUUUGCUGAUCCUGGUCUCUGCCUGUGUGAUUGUCCUGGACUGGUCAUGCCUUCUUUUUUGUCCACCAAAGCCGAGAUGAUUUGCAGCGGGAUCCUACCCAUCGAUCAGAUGAGAGAUCACGUUCCAGCCAUCUCUUUGGUAUGUCAGACUAUCCCUCGAACUGUGCUGGAGGGGACCUACGGAAUCAACAUAAUCAGACCAAGAGAGGACGAGGACCCCGAUCGACCCCCCACCUAUGAGGAGCUGCUCAUGGCAUAUGGAUAUAUGAGAGGCUUCAUGACAGCACACGGCCAGCCAGACCAGUCAAGAUCAGCCCGUUACGUUUUGAAAGACUAUGUCAGUGGUAAGCUCCUUUACUGCCACCCUCCACCCCACAUCAGCCCUAAAGACUUCCAGCCUCAGCAUGCCAGGUUUGCCAGGCGGAGUGGAGGAGUCGAACAGAUUGCUAGCGAUGCCGACAAACCCUCAAAAGUCAAACGCAUAGAGAACACAGUGGAUAAACAUUUCUUUCAUCAAGAAAAUGUGCGAGCACUGACCAAGGGUGUGCAGAUGGUGAUGGGUUAUAAUCCCGGAAGUGGUCCUGUUGGGCCUGGAAACACAAACACAGAACAACAGACUGGGAAACCCUGGAAAAAGCACGGUAACCGGAACAAGAAGGAGAAAGUGAGAAGACUCAACAAACAUCUGGAUGCAUAAUCCCUAUACUAAGAUGUUUAUUGGAUAUACUAUUUAAUGCAAAGACUUUAAUUUCACCAUGGCUUAUACCUGGAUGGGAUUGAUAAGUACUGCUGGACAUUCCCCUUUGUAUGAAAUAUCAUCACUCAUAAUAAUAAUAACUCUGUAUUUUAUCAGUGUAUUGAAUGAAAGAGAGUAAUUGACACAGACAAAUGCUAAUAAAUGAAGAUCUCCUUAUAAUGUCCUUAAAAGUAGUUUUGUUCUAUACUAAAAUUGUGGAUUCCAUUUUCCAUUCCAGUAGAAUAUGUGGAUGUCUAACAAAGCUGACAAUGAUAAUAU